AUGCAGCCCCUCCAUAUGGUGGUUUUCUUGAGAGGCUCGCUCAUUUCUUUCUCCUUUCUCCUCUGCUCCCUCGACUACGCCGCCAUCACCGCCUGGGCGCCCGCCACCCGAGCCCGCUUCGCCUCCCCUCGUCGCCAGUCCAGCUCCGCCGGCGAUGGCGACCCCGAGCAGCCGUCGGAGAAGAAGAAGCCGCCGCCGGAGAAGAAGGUCCCGCUCCCCAAGGUGGUCACGCUCAACAAGGCGCUCAAGCUGGCCCAGACAUGGGUGGACGAAAUGAGUGCGCUGGAGCAGGAUGAACUGAACGAUAAGGACUUCGAGGGUCGGCCAUCAGGGCUUGGUCUUGGUGCUAAAGUGGCGCCGAAUGCGAAGCGCGCAGCUCCCACUGAUCCAGUGGAGAGGAGGUUGCUUGGAAAGGUGAAUGCGCAGAAGAGGAAGUCUGCGGAGGAGGAUAAAAUAAAUACCCAGGAGGUGAAUGAGGCGAGCGAUGAUGAUAGCGGUGAGCCUCAAGGUAGAACCAGUGCUUGUAGCAAGAAGAGGCAAUUGCCUUCCGUUACUUCAAUGCCAUUAGGGAAGAAGGCCAAGUGACAGUUUUCUGUAUGCAUGAAAUACAUGGCUUGAUGUUCUAGUCACAAUUUUGCAAACACAUAGGCUGAUUCUAUUAGCAUGUACUACUUACACCGUACAGAUUUGACGGCCUUUUCUGUUAUAUCACCGUCAUGGCAUGGCAAAACCUCGUGUUUCUGCAACCGCAUAUAAGCAAAGCGUGCUUGCUUGAUGGCAAUUCAGCAAACCAAGAGUUUGUUGAUGGCAAAUAAGCAACUUCAUCUAUUUUUUAACGUU